CCCCAGGUGCUGGGUCACCUGACCGACGCCGUCCUCCUGACGCUGGACGACGUGCGUCUGUGGGUCGUGGACGGCGUGGACGGCGCCGCUGAACAGCUGGAGCGAGCGUCCGGCGCCGCGGCCGUGGGAUUGGACAACGCGCUGACGCGUCUGGAGGACGCCACCGCCUACUACCUGCCCCUCCCCCCACAGCUGCGUGUGGAGUGGGAGCGGCGGGUGAAGGAGCUUGAUGAUGAAGAGGAGGAUGAUGAAGAGCCCAGAGUGAGGACGAGGGUCUUCGUCCUCCUGCUGAGCCUCAGGCUGCAGCUCGGGGACAGUCUGCUGACGCUGGGGGACACCCUGCAGACCACCGCACACCAGGUGGGUCUCGGUUGGGUCCUGCAGUUGGUCGGGGUGACUCUGCAGUACCUAAAGAACCUCCUGGUGGCGCUGGCGUACCGGGCCCAGAACCUCUUGGUGACGUACCGGACCCAGAGUCUCCUGGUGGAGCUGGCCUACAAGGCCCAAAACCUCUGGGUGGCGUACCAGGCCCAGAACCUCCUGGUGGAGCUGGCGUACCGGGCCCGGAGUCUCCUGGUGUCGUACCAGGUCCAGAACCUCCUGGUGGAGCUGGCGUACCGGGCCCGGAGUCUCCUGGUGUUGUACCAGGUCCAGAACCUCCUGGUGGAGCUGGCGUACCGGGCCCGGAGUCUCCUGGUGGUUCUGGCGUACCGGGCCCAGAGCCUCCUGGUGUCGUACCAGGUCCAGAACCUCCUGGUGGAUCUGGGGUACCGGGUCCAGAGUCUUCUGGUGGAGCUGGGGUACCAGGCCCAAAACCAACAGCCUAUCAGAGACCUGCUGGAACUUUCCCAGGUGCUCCUGCAGCUGGUGAUUAACAGCACGCCGCUCUACACCAUG